UUGCAAAGUAUAUAUUACUCCGCUCACGAAAUUCUCUCUCUCUUCCACCUUAACGAAAUAACAUUUUAUAAGCUGAUGCUGCCUGCUCCUCUGUUACGGUAGGAAUUUAGGUUUGCUAUGGAAGCAAGCAAUGAUGUUCACAAACACGAAACUACGGGCAUUUUAUCGAAGUGUUCAUCAUUGUCAUUAGUACAGUCGGCGAAUUCAAAUCAUCGGACUAAAGGACUACCACUAUGGCUCGCUUCCGUUUUUAUCGUUGGCGAGAUGGCAGGAAGCGGUGUUCUUGCUUUACCGAAAGCAAUAGCAGAUGCAGGUUGGAGUGGGAUAGCUCUUCUAAUUAUUUCCUGCCUGAACACUCUUUAUGCCGCUAUAUGCCUUGGGAGAUCCUGGAUGAUAAUCGAAGAACGCUACGACGAGUACAGAGAAAAGAACAGAUACCCAUAUGCAGCUAUAGCUUAUAGAGCCGUUGGAACUAAAAUGAGGUAUAUUGUGUCCUUUUGCAACGAUUUUACGUUAUUCGGUGUAGCGACAGUAUUCCUGCUGUUAUGUUCGGAGUUAAUUGGAACUUUAGCGUCAAGUUGGGGACUAUCGUUCUGCUACUGGAUUUUAAUUAUAGCUGCCAUCUUAUGUCCACUCAUGUGGUUGGGGACACCAGAAGAUUUUUGGCCUGCAGCAAUAGGAGCUUUGGUAACAACAACCUUGGCUUGCAUUCUUUUGAUUGUAGCUCUAGUCAAAGAAGAAAGAAAGGGUACAUCGCAUCCUGAAUACCCUCCACCGACGGUCAUGUCAUUCUUCUUGGCCUUUGGAACAAUCCUUUUCGCCUUUGGUGGAGCUUCUACAUUUCCAACCUUUCAGAAUGAUAUGAGGGAUAGAAGCCAGUUUCCAAAAGCAGUCACUAUUGGCUUUUCAGUUUUACUUUUGCUGUACCUACCAGUGGCUGUGCUCGGAUACAGUGUAUACGGCAAGGAUUUAAAUCCAGACAUCAUACAGACAUUACCAGACUCUAGUCUCAGGAGUGCAGUAGAAAUUCUACUGGCAUUACAUCUCUUUUUUGCUUUCCUGUUGGUUAUCAACACACCAGCUCAAGAAAUGGAAGAAUUUCUUAAAGUUCCUAAGCGAUUUGGAUGGAAACGGUGUAUGCUGAGGACUGCGGUUAUGUUGUUAAUCAUUUUCGUUGCUCAAAGUAUUCCUCGGUUUGGGAAAGUUCUCAAUCUAAUAGGAGGAUCAACAGCUACUUUGACGACAUCCGUCUUUCCUUGCUAUUUCUACUUAAUGCUAUGUUCCCAAGAAAGCACAGAAUGGCCGCAAAAGAGGAUUCCUCUGUACGAGAAAAUAUAUUUAUUUUUUAUAAUGAUCACUGGAAUAAUCGGAGGUUGCAUAUCAACUUAUUCGGCUAUUACGGAUAUCGCACAAGCAAAAUCCUUCAAUCCACCUUGCUAUGUGAACAUAACUGCGGCUGGAAAUCAGUUAUAGCAUUUCUGCACAUCUGAAACAUGAGCUAAACAAAACUGUGAUAGCUCUUCAUCAGGUGCUACAGAUCAACAAGGCAGCAACAAAUUUUGCCACUGUUGUUCUUAUGUGCUUGAAAUAUAGUAAAUUAAUUUAUUCGUUAUAUGUUCUUAUUAUUCGUGUAUGUUCUCAUCAGAAGAAAUUGUCUUUUACAUUCUUUUAACCAUGAACAUUUUCUAAAUGUGGAAUUUUUAUUUUGCAGUUAUUACUGUUUAUUCAUAUGAUGCCCAUUAUGAGUGCUAAGAAUGAUAUUAUUGUUUAUCUUCCAUCAAUGUUAUGUUUAAACUUCAAAUGAUUACUGCUAGAGUCAAUAACAGAAAACUUCUGAGAUAGUCAAAUGGUUUAAUAUUAAUUUUCAAAAAGGAGGGUUAUGAUAUUUAUGUACGUACACGCCUCCUUACUUAAUUCAAAAACUAAUAAACACCACAUGUGUUUUUAUGAAAAUUCUUAGCUCCUGAACUAUUUUAAAACUGUUAGUAUAUUUUAUUUAUAUUAAAGCUAUAUUUACGAAGCACAAAUUUAUUUGUUUGGAAUAAAAAUGCACUUAGAUUUCAGAUAUGUAAUUGCCUACUGCUGAAGAUACGCUUACUCUACAAAGCAAAGCAUUUUAUUGGUCAGAAAUGCGAAAAAACACGAUAUAAAUAUGUGUAUUCGAAAACAAAUACAACAUCUGCUGCUGCAAUAACCCAUGUAGAGUUUUUAGAAGGCAAUAGCAGCACUUUAAAUUGUCUGUGUAAGAUUUGCAUCUGUGCUUUAUCCAUACAGAUACAGAAGAAAAAUAGUAAUUUGAAAUAUAUAAAAAAUACCCGGAAUUUUCAAAUCCUGAGAAAGGGAAUUUUCUCAAGUCUUUCUUUCCUAUGAAAUUCGAGAAACUUGGACAGAAAGAGAACUAAAAUGUUUGCACCAAAAACUGGUCAGCCGGUCAGUUGGGAUUUUAGCAUCUCGGCUGUUUAACCCGCCGUUGUUCAACUUCAUUCUGUCGGAUCCGAGAGUCUUCUAUCCCUAUACCCCUACCAUCAACCUCUGCAGAGAACUCUGAGUGCCCUUAUGUCGCAAAGACAUUAUACACUAGCGAACAUGUGUGUGUUUUCCAGGAUUCGAAUACCGUCCAAAGGGUAUGGAAGAGGGUUCUCCACCGCCACACCAGCAGGAUGGCAACGAGUUAAUACUACAUUUCAGAUAUAUUAAUCUCUCAACCGUCCAGGGCCGUUUCUAGCGAUAUUGCAGCUUGUAAAAUUACGCGGGCGGCCAAAAUCAGGGGCGGCCGGACUCUCGCGAUGCCAUGUCUAAAUAUUUUAACUUCAUUAAAUUUAUUGUAUGUACUUGUGUGAUAUGUAAGUACUUAGUGCGUAUAAAAAAAUUUAUUAAUCAUUGAGCACUUUUUUUUUUUCAUUUGGUGGGAUGCAACUUUAGGAAAAUACCCGGGCAGCCGAUGACUUGGGAAUAUAGUCCAUACGGUAUAGUGGUUAGUGACCGUGACUGCUGUAACGAUUGGCCCAGGUUCGAAUCCCGUUAAAAGCAUGGUUGUAACUGUCCGUCCCAUCAUAGGAGGCAAUAGUAGUCACUUAUUAGCUGCUUCCAUAAUGAAAUGACCACCAUGUUCAGCCUUUGCAGUGGCGCAAUGCGAAUGGCUAUUAAAUAAAGGGCCCGGCCAUUCAAAAAAAUAAUCUCUCAUUCAAUAGAUAUAGAUACCCUUUGUAGAGAGAAAAUACCCUGCCCAGACAAAGUGCAGACACUGCCUGGCAAAUCUGUCUUUUUAAGAAACUCGGUAAUAAUUUAGUCGGAAAAUGAGUUGCACGUUUUAAUACUUUAAAAUUUCAGCUAUAAGAAAUGUGUGUUAUUUUCUGAAGGCGAAUUCUUAUUUGGUGCUUUUUUGUACGAGAUCUCGUGGAAUUGAUAAAACUUGAAAAAAAAAUACAUUAAGAAGAUCAAAAGGAAGAGAAACAUGUCAAAGUGAAAUUUAAAAUUAGGUAAAAAAAAUUUAGGGUAGACUUUGAAUAAAAUUGCAUCGAUUAAUUAAGUCUAUGAACUCCUCACAUUCUGUAAAAAGUUAUUUACUUCUGAAGAAGGAGGAACUAUAUCUGAUCACUCUCGAUAGAAAAGUUUUAUUCAAAAUCGAUAAAGUUUUAUUCAAAGUCUAUGUCAAACAAAAACUGUUUUCCUUCUUUUCUUGGACUUAAUUGUCAAUUGUAUGUGUUAAGAAGAGUCACGAAAAGGAAAUAAUAAAGAAGUUUAAUUCUUAAAAAA